UAAUACUCCAUACUCCGUACAGUGGGUUUCCAUAUAGAAUACCUAAAUAAGUUUAGUGCAUCAUCAAAAAGUCCGUGCACCCCGGCAUCUGCGAAGAAAAACCUCUUUAAAUAAUCCCCAAUACAACCCCAACAGAAUAACCCCCAACAUCCAAAACACACUAUGCCCCGCGUCCCCACAACCAGGGAGGUUGUGCCCGGUGCACCCGUCAACAUCAUCUUAAAAGCUGACCAACCAACCGGUCGCACCGUCUCGGGAACCAUUGCCGACGUGCUCACCCGCGGAAACCAUCCCCGGGGGAUCAAAGUCCGGCUCACGGAUGGCCGGGUAGGGAGAGUGCAAUCCAUGGGGACGGGGGGUUCUUGUCCUCCACCUGACCCAACACAGGGACAAAGGACAAGAAGGACAACUUCCGAAGCAGAGCUUCCGUCGCAAAAUAUCGGUCUAGAUGCAUAUAUGGUUAGUGCAAGACCGCGGCGGGGUGCACGUCGAGAUGAACCUCAGAAACCCGUGCACGAUGGUCCGGUGGUGACUUGUCCGGUGUGUGGGGUGUUUGAGGGAGAUGAAACUGCUGUUGCGCAUCAUGUGGCAGGGCAUUUUGCGGAUUGAGAUUCCGGGGCUUGGGGGUUGAGUUAUGGAGAUGGUCUGUUAAAUUACGUUUUGGCUUCUUUUGCAUGCUUUGAAUGUGUGAGUAUUGGCAAUAGCAUGUUAUAGAUGGAUUGAUGUUACCGACCAACGGAUUAGUAUCAGUGUAUUUACGUUGACUUGUUCUGUAAUAUGUAUCUUUACACUAUCAGGGUUUGACAAGUGCGUGAGGUGUCACAGCAUAUACAACACGUGUUGAUCGUCACGACAUCGAGGAUUC